AUGACCGAUACAACCAGCGACGAACCUGGGUUUCAACAUCUGAUCAGCAAGUUCGACCCGCGACCGCCGACCAAUGAUGAUCCACGUACCAACGAUAACCCACCGACUAAUGAGGAGCCGCCGAGUGGAGAAGAAGCGCUGACUGGAGAAGAAGCCCCGGCCAAUGUGGGCCCGCCAACCGAUGAGCGUCCUGUCCAAACGAUUCAGGAGGACCCAUUUCUCUCUUUUGACGAAAUCAACUUGCGCGAAGAGCUCUUGGAACAAUUACAUUCUCACCUCCUACCUCUCAUCCAGGACCAAAUGAGCGCUCUCUGUCAUUCACUACAUCCACUAGGCUAUCUGGUAAAACCAAAGUCCACACUCCGCCGACUCUUGCGAAUGCAGUCCGAGAUCGAACCUACAAUGGAUCAAAUCCAAUCUAUCAUGACUAUCGUCUGUCCAAAACCCAUACCUCUUGCCACACGAACCGACGACCGUCACCUCAGAGGAUUAAAAGCACACAGGCUUCACUUCCUGAAAACAGAAUUUGACGAAGGAUGGUGGCGGUAUAUAUGUCAGACGUUUGGAGAAGCCUAUGAGGAAAUACAACAGGCGGGGCUCUCAUCGGAGAGAUCUAGGAACCAAUUUGAUAUAUCCUCAUACCGGGACAAUUUUGGCGCCCCUACGGUUCUCGUCCAUGAUUCGAUCGAAUCAGCUUUGGAGCGGCUGAAGGAAUCCGAAUUCGAUUAUGUCAAACAUCGCUGGGAAUCAGCUAUACCGAGAAUAGAACUCGUGUUGGAGAAUAUCAAUGCAAUGCUGUAUCAAUCAGCCAUUUCAACAAAUGAAGAUUCACUGCCCCGAUUAUUUAUCCCUGGACCAAUGAUCUACCUCGCUAAAGUAGCACUACCGAUCGUGACAUUAUCCAGACUUUUUUUUGCCAAAUUAGCAAAGCGCGGGCUGAACAAGGAACGGCUCCCAUCGCUCACAGAAAUGUCUUCUGACCAAAUCGAAUCCUUGGCUAAAGUGGCGGAAAGCGUUGGUAACGAAGUCCUUAAACUCACCACUCUUCUCGUCUGGGUCGAUGGGGGUCGUGCAGCUGCCCAUAGUCGCGAUUUGAUUUAUCGACCCACGAUAAUUUCGCUACUCAAAAUGACUACAAGAGUUGGUUUGUUGUAUGGAAUCAUUCACUUAUCUUAG